AUGUCGGGCCAAGGCGAAACCUUCUACCUCCGCUACUACUCAGGUCACUCUGGGCGGUUUGGACAUGAGUUUCUAGAAUUUGACUUCCGCACAUUGGGCGAUGGCCGUAGUGCCGCCGUGCGUUAUGCCAACAACUCCAACUACCGCAACGACUCCCUCAUCCGCAAAGAAAUGUGCGUCAGUGCGGCAAUGAUCCAGGAGGUCAAGCGCAUUAUCAAGGAGAGCGAGAUCAUGAAGGAGGACGACUCCAAGUGGCCGCAAAAGAACAAAGAUGGACGUCAAGAAUUGGAGAUCAGGUUGGGCAAUGAACACAUUUCCUUCGAGACCGCGAAAAUCGGCUCCCUGGUGGACGUGACCGAAUCGGCUGACCCCGAAGGUCUCCGCGUCUUCUACUAUCUGGUGCAAGAUUUGAAGGCCCUCAUCUUCUCGCUCAUCUCACUUCAUUUCAAGAUCAAGCCUAUCUAAAUUGGCACGCGACGAUGGAACGAAGAAGGAUACACAUCGGAUUAGGCGUUACUUGAUAAUUGGUUUUGUGACUUUCCAAAAUGACAGCGGAUAUACCUGGUUUUAACCAUCGAAGUAUUGUUGUCGCAACUGGUGAAAUAACUGCAGGCGGAGAUGACGCAAUGUCGGAUUGUGAGUAGAGCCAACGUAGCCAGUAAAUGUCCAAACCAUGGUGUAUCAUCUUAAAGAAGGGAAAAGAGAAUAGGAGAAUUGGGGAGUGGAG